CCUUGUCAAAACUUUGUGUACUUUUUUUCUUCGUGCGGGGCGAUAAAACAGCCGCGUUAAAUGGCGCUUUCGGAAAGUUCGAUUUUUGAACGCGCGCGUUAAUUUCGCCGAAAAUUUUUGCAACUCCGACGGCAAAAUGCACGGCGCGGCGCUGACGGUUAACGACUUUUAUUCGCGCCUUCCAUUAACGGGGAACCGGCAGCCAUGUUGUAAUGUAGUCCUGUCAAGCAUCAUGGGUUAACAAUCGUCCGACCCGUUAUUUCCAUUUUUUACAAAAAUUUCUUGAUAUUCGCGACCGAAUUGCUGUUCAUUUUGUUGCGGAAUAGUUUUUCAACCCAUGUAACAAUAGUGUGUGUCGUAUCGGCGGCGAUGAAUCUGCGCAAUAUUCGACUCAGUGUGCAACGUCGCGUUAGCUAGUGCAGGGAGUCAACUGCCUGCCUGGCCAACGACUGCGAGAUUCGAGAGCAUCCCCAAAUGCGGGAGGCGAACUGAAUCACACAGUCCUCUGGACAAUAUUGUUUCACGGCGUUCUGGAAACGCGGCGUCAUGUAUUUCGCGUAUUUCGUAUCGCGCGUGCUGCUCUAAAUUCGCGUUUAAUUCAGUAGUUACGAUGGCCACAAUACUCGGGAAAGACGAGGCCACGUAUUCGAGGGAACGGGACAGUUUUCUCAAAGAUCUGCGCCAGUUUCACGAAACGAGGGGGACCCCGUUUCGGAGGUGCCCUACCCUAGGCAGCAAGGAGAUCGACCUCUAUCUAUUGUAUUCCCUUGUGAUCGCCCAAGGAGGUUGGAUCAAGGUCAACUCGAAGAACAACUGGGGCGACCUCUUGCCGUGUUUCAAGUUACCUCGUAAUUGCGUGAACGCAUGCGUCGCAAUUAAACAAAUUUAUCUGAGGUAUCUCGACCGUUGGGAGAAGUUGCACCAUUUGGGUGAGGAGGCGGAUCGUGGCAGUGACGACGACGAAGAGAGUCGGCACAAGCGUUGGUCUGCUCGAUCACUGCAUUCCGUGCCCCACACGUACAAUUACGGUCAGCACAAUGUCACGGACGAAAAACGAGAGACGUAUCAUUUGGCGGCCAAUCUGUACAGGCCGUCGGACUACGACAGGCUUGCGUUGUCGCUCAUCUCGCCCUUGCCCAACGAACAAGACUUCGCGAUCAACGUGUGCACCCUGCUCUCGAACGAUGGCAAACACACCCUCAAACUCGAAAAGCACCCCAGGAUCGUCGACUAUCUGCUUGCACAUGCGGGCAUAUUCAACCACAGCUCUCUCAGGCAACUGUUCGUGUACUACUACAAGGACAUCAGGAAGAAACCGAUCCACAACUUCUGGUCGGAUGUGCUCGAAUGCGAGGAAUUUCUGGAUCUCACCAACGAAACGAAAUUUUCGAAGCUCGGUCAAGAGGAAACGAAGCCCUGUGAUACUAUAAUAAAGGACGAUUACCUGCAGUACGCUGACGUAGCGAACGGAGCUGCUGCCGCCGCCACUACCUCCGACAAGGCGACGCCGGCGUCACAGCAGCCUUCGGUGCAAUCGAACGGCGACUGCGAUAUGGUCGACGAUGACGACGCCGACGACGACGUCUCUUCCGUAACCAAAAAAUUCAAAACCGACAGCGCGGACGAUGAACUGUUCUGCGUGAGACGGACGCUGGGCACGCAGGACUACGUCGGUCAGCGGGUCCUCCAAAUCGCCACGAUACUGCGAAACCUCUGUUUCAUCGACGAGAACGUGCCGUUCCUCACCCGCAACCGCCACUUCGUCCGAUUCGCGUUACUCUGCGCGACGUCGCGCUGGAACAACUUGAAAAAUCUCGGCAUGGACAUGCUCGGCAACGUCGCGGUCGAUUUUGAGGUGCGUGGCGAUGCCGCGCAGCAGGACGCUUUAGGCACGUCUCUCCUGAAGAUUGUCGCGCGCAAUUUGCACAGCGACGACCGCGCAGCUUGCCUGUCAUCGAUCGAGGUACUGAACCGACUCAGUCAGAACGAGCGCAACGAGGACGUGUUGCUGCGCGUGCUCGAGUCGGACGUCUAUCGGAGGGUGUGCUCAUUCCUCACCAUCCACGACGUGAUGCUGCUGAUCUACACACUCGAGUGUCUCUACUCCUUGUCGUCGCUCGGCGAGCGAGCGUGCAACUUCAUCUCCAACAAUCAUGGCGUCAUCGACACGCUCGUAUCUCUCGUCACCGUCGAGGGCAAGAGUUACGGUCCGCGGGCGUGUAUCGGCAUGAAACUGGUCGAGACAGUGGCGAGCGGGGCCGCCGGCCACCACCACCACCACCAGCAACAACAGCAGCAACAGACGACGCAGCCGUCGCCGGCGAUCGCGAGCGCAACUAGCGGCACCGUCUCCGUCGCCUGUCCGUCUACGAUGAGCGCCCUGUCACCCGCCCCGCCCGGCGUCACUCCCGUCAAAGUUCCUCCCAGUACGCCGGCGCGGACCGUCGCCAUCGCGCCGCAGAGGCUGCUCGCCACACCGUCGACCACCUCGACAGCGACAGCGACAGUUCACGCAACGACAACGUCCACGCCGAUUGCGCCAGCGGCGCUAACUACAAAGUGCACGCCCCUGGUAACGACGGUGACGCCAUCGUCGGCCCCCGCGCCUACGUUACCGCCGCCGAUGACGCCGCAACAGAUGAUCCAGCAGCAGCACGCACACCAGCAGGCGAUCCACGAGAACGAGCAGUUCGCGCUGGCUUGGCUCCGCGCUACCUACGAACCCUGCGUCAGUGGGAAAGUGGAUCACCAGGAACUCUACAAGCAGUACAUCAACUCGUGCUCAAAAAUUGGCAGGCGGGGCGUCAUCUCGCCGCUGCACUUUCCUAGAUGCGUGAGGUCCGUAUUCGGCGGAACCGUCGGACCGAACCCAAUGAAACCGGCGAACCCUACCGAUCCGCAGUACUACGAGGGAAUCAAGGUGCGAGCACAACCCCUCCACAUAAAUGUCCCGUCCUCCCUGUCGACAACAGCGCAGCAAUGCACUCCCCCCGUUACGCCCAUAAAACCCGCGGCCGCUCGCCGAAAGGUGGCGCCCGUGAUUAAGCACGUGCCGCCGCCGCCGACGCCGUCGUCGUCUGUUCCCGCGACGUCCGUGACCGCCGCGACCGUCGAGACGGCGGCGGCGGCGACGGCGAUGGCGCCGCCCGAACAGCGGGACGCGGCCGCACCCCUAUCCCCCACCUCGCCGAUACUAAAGGCCCAAUUGAGUGCGCCCCCGAAACAACGGGAAGGGGGAGGCCUCAACCAGGCGCCGAAGGGCGACCAGAAAAGUCAGGCGCUGACACAUCCCCAUCUGAGCCAGGCCCUGCUGGGGGCAACUACGCCGUCGACCGGCGCGACAUCAGUGACCACUCUGACGUCGGCGGCGGUGCCGGCAUCAGUGAUGCCAUCGGGUAAGCAGCAACCGGAUGCGACGAUCAAGCAGGAACUGGGAGCGGUGCCGGGAGGCACGAGCAGUACGUCCCUGAUUAAGAGUCUGUUGGCCACAAAGGUAAACGAUGCAUGCGUGUCGGCGGGCAUGAAGACUGCCGCCACAGACUGUCAAAAUGUAGCUCAGGUGGCGGCACGUCAACAGAGGCUGCUAGCGCAGCAGGGCGGCGGCCAGCCCGACAAACAGCCCCAAGUAAAAACGGAGACGGCGAAGAUGCAGCGACUGAAUGGCGUGCGGCAAUUGUUUCCCGACCACGAGAUCGGCGACCCGUCCGUCUCUUCUACCACCCAAUUCGUCAGCACGAUAAAAGGCAAGAAGGAACCGCCGCAACCGCCACCUCCUCCCUUAGCCCCGCUAACCAAUAGCGUCAAAACGACGUCAACUGCGCCGUACGUCAGCGAGGACAGCGACAACUCGUUAUCGGCCGCCCCGCCUCUUGGCACCGUCGGUUUGGGUGGCGUGUCCUCGACCGAAGAUAACGAUAACUCGCUGACCGGUUUCGACUGUCUCCUGAACGGUAUACCGAAUGCCGCGGCCGUCGCGACGCCCGACGUCGACGACCUCGAGACCAAUCCCAAGGAGUUGUCUACCGCGACGACCGAAAUCUGCAUAGACAAACCGCUCCGGCUUGCCGACUUGCUUGAGAAGAAAUUCGAAAAGGCCCCCAUCUUGAACGGCACCUUCGGCAAAGAUCAAAAACUCGUCGACGGCCUUGACCUGGUUGAGAACCAUAUCGAAAAGGCGCUGAGUGGUGAGCAACCCGCCCCCGCCAUCGUCGAACCUUCCUCCAAACCCAACCUCAAACGGCCCGCCACCGAUCAAGGUUUGGAUCCCGACGUAAAAAAACCUCACCUGGCGUCGAACAACGUGAACGGUUCCGGACGGGACUCGCCCGAUCCAGACUCGGCAAUGUCCGGAUCGAACGGCGAGGACGGCCCCAGCACGGUGUCUACGGCCGCGGCCAAAUUGUUUGCCGAUAUCGCAGCCGAUAUUCUCGAGGACGAAGACGAAGAACAGCUGAUGCAAGAGGCGCAGACUCAGCCGCCCCCUCAGGCUUCCGCGCAGCCAGUGAUCGACGCGACCGCUCCCGCGUCCAUACAACAGAUCAUCGUCGAUAACAACCAAGUGCUGCUGUCACAGUCUCGGCAGAUAAUCGUGUCGCAGUCCCAAAUGCAGGGUACCAAUCAGAACAUCGUUUUUACCGGGGGCACCCAACUAAAGACGCAGACGGGCCAGACGGUCAUCGUGCAGAAUGCCGGCGUGCAGCAGCGUCCGUCCGUACUCAUCCAGCAGAGCAAUACCGGGCAGCUGCUGUUGUCGCAAGGCCUGCAGGGUCAGGUUCAGUUACUGACCAGUUCGCAGACGGGCCAGUAUGUGCUGCAAGCGGGCGGAUCGCAAGGUUACGUGGUGGCGCAGCCGCAAACCGCGGUCGUCCAUGGUCAGCCACAGACCGUGCUCGUAGCGCAGACGCCGCAGCAGCAGGGCACCGCCGCAAAAACGAUAAUCAUCCUGCAGCAGCAGACGGCAGGAGCCGCGGCCGCCUCCGCCGCUACGCACCAUCAGAAAGUCGUUGUCACGCCCCAGGGUCAGCAGGUGGUCGUCACACAAGUUCCUAGGCCUAUCGCGCAGUCGCCAACGGUGUCGAAUAGUAGCGGCGGCGCGUCAAGUCCCACAAAGCUCAUCAAGUCGACGGCGUCGACGAUGGUGUCGUCGGCGAUAACGACAACGACAACAACGGCGACGACGAACGGCGUGAAGGAGACGAAAGCGCCGGAAGAGGUCAGAACGAGACCGAGGGUGGCGCGCGAUUUGACCACACCAUUCGUGUGCGAGUGGGGCGAGUGUGAUAUUGAAACCAAAUUUAAGUCGGCGAACGAGGUGUAUAUGCACGCGUGCAAGCAUCACUGCCCGGAGGGCAACGAGGAGGUGCUCUGCGAGUGGGACCGAUGCGACAACAUGAGGCGGAAACGGUUCUCGCUGAUGACGCACCUGCAAGACAAACACUGCAACCCGGAGGCGAUGAAACAGAGUCUCGUGAGAAGAAAGCAGGUGGCGCAGGGCUUGAAGGUGGAGCCGCCGCCGCAGACGCCCGGCGCCCAUCCCGUUUACGCCCCGGAUGCCGCCCUGCACGCAAUCAAGCGGCACGCGUUGGAGUUUGUCAAUCCGAAAGAGUUGCAGCUAAAAUCUCCAAAGCAGGGCUCGAACGCGAAUCCAUCUUUAAAAGCCCUGCCGUCGCCCGCAGUCGACCAGGACGACAACGAGGGUCCGGUCACCAAAAGCAUCCGAUUAACGGCAUCGUUAAUCCUUCGAAAUCUGGUCAUUUAUAGUAGUAAUUGUAAGAGGUACUUAAGGUCGUACGAGUCCCACCUGGCGAACAUCGCCCUCAGCAACGUGGAGUCGUCGCGAACCGUGGCACAAAUUUUGUACGACAUAAACGAAGGCACGACACACAGGUGACCUGCUCGCCGACAGGCUAGUGGUAGGGCAUCGUCGCCCGGUGUGGGAGGGCGAGGCGGUGCGACGAGUGCGACCGGGGACUGACGCGUGUACUGAAACAAAAAACAAAACUGUGUAACUGUGUAAAUUAUUUAAAACAAAAAAAGAUGAAGAAUGUACAAAAACGUUUAGGGUAGUAGGCGUGAAAAGCCUAUUGUUAUUUUUAUAUAAUUUAAUUGUAAAAAAAAAUAAUGAUGAAACAAAAAGUAAGAGCUUCUCUGGACACCGAUGCGGAGGUUUGUUUUUUUCGUUUUUUUUGUCGCGAAUAACGCGUAAACCCUUAAUUAGGGGCGGGAAAAAAUCGAACCAUCAUAUUUACGCGCGUCCGAGAUUAAGACGGAGCGGAAGAAGCGACGAGGGUGAUCGAAAUCCAAGGAGAAGAAAAAGUAAAUGGUCACCUUUUUUUCUCGCAAAUUAUUUAAGAAACGGUUAGAAUCGAGCAAGCCAGUGUGGUACUUUAUUUAUCUUCGGUAAAGCGCUCUCGUCAGGACCCCCAAGAAUAUCAUUUUUGGGUGGCCAUACCUUUCGCCCCGCCCACCAUAUCACGAGGCGCGCGCAACUGCCCAUAUACAGGGUGCUUCAAAAUUGGUGGAUUAAACUCGCCCUAUUCAUAGGUCAAAACUAAGAAACAAAAUUUUCUUUACGGACUAUGGGUCCUGUAGUCCUGCUGUCAACGGGUUAUCAAUUUUCAAUUAACUGAAAACAAAACAAUCUGAACCCGUAGUCGACAAACCAAAUUUGGCGAGGUGAGUUGAAUGUACCAAAUUCGGAUCACACCUUCUACAACAAUGUAUUCUUGUGCAAUUUACUUUCGAAGUCGGCCUCUCGUUUUAAGUUCUUUUUCUUAUGUAAAUACUUUGCGUAAUUUUUAUCGGAUUAAACGUCGUCGGCGCGACACGCGCGCCCUCGCGAUUUUUUACGUUGUUUAUGUGAUAGACGGCACACUUUGUUUCUUUUUUUUUUUUUCAUUUUAUCAGUAUUAUAUCCCGUGGGCGUGUAAACGCUUCAAAGUUUCGUCGACGCCGACGAGGUACGGAAUCUCUAGUUGACUGAUUUUGAUCCAUACGUCGCGUCGUAUGCAUGUGACGGGCUGCACACACAACCUCUUUACAUGUGCUUAGCAUAUCCAUCUCUUUACAUAACCUUUAAACAACUUGUAAAAUGUUACGGUAACUAUGAAACAAAAUAAAGUGCAUUUAAUGUG